AUGCCACCGCAUAAUUUAGAAUUAAAGGUUGGAUCUCCAAUUAUCAUGCUUUGUAAUUUGAACCCACCCCGGUUGUGCAACGGUACGCGAUUAGUCAUUCAAAAAUUAAUGAAAAACGUGAUCGAAGCCAGGAUUUUAAAUGGCAAGUUCAGAGGUGAAAAUAUACUCAUACCACGGAUUCCUAUUAUACCUACUAAUGUGCCAAUUCAAUUCAAACGUAUUCAGUUUCCGAUUAGAUUGGCAUUUGCAAUGACUAUCAACAAAUCCCAAGGUCAAACGAUGUCUGUUUGUGGAUUAGAUUUGAGAACACCAUGUUUUUCACACGGACAAUUAUACGUGGCAUGCUCUCGAAUGGGUAUACCAUCCAGUUUGUUUGUGUUAGCUAAUGAUGGACUAACAAAAAAUAUUGUUCACGCUAUAGCAUUAAGAGAUUGA